AUGGCUAGCAAUCGUAUGCGUCGCAUUGGAAAAGAGAUUGCGGACAUUCACGCCGACGCCCACUCUCAAAUCAAAGCAGAGCCAUUUGGCAGCCAGGACGAUGUCACUCAUCUAAGGGGGUCAUUUCCAGGGCCACCUGGCACUCCGUAUGAAGGUGGCACCUACAAUAUCGAUAUCAAAAUCCCCACCGACUACCCUUUCCGACCACCUACCAUGAAGUUUGAGACCAAAGUGUGGCAUCCAAAUGUCAGCAGCCAAACGGGUGCAAUCUGCCUCGACACGCUUUCCACUGCUUGGUCACCAGUUCUGACUAUCAAGUCCGCUCUGCUUUCGCUGCAAUCUUUGCUCAGCACACCCGAGCCCAAAGAUCCCCAAGAUGCUGAAGUGGCUAAUAUGCUACUCAAGUCACCCAAGGAGUUUGAGCGUGUUGCACGCGACUGGGCAGUUGUCUAUGCUGGAGCUCCCGCUAGUGCUGACAAUGGAAGCGGAUCAAGCCUAGAUGACACCCGGCAAGGAGCUGGCGAAGACAGUCUUGCAAAAUAUGACGGAUACAACAAGAAUUUGAUCGACCGUUUCUCCAGCAUGGGCUUCGAUGUUGAUCGUGUUGUGGCUGCUUUCCGACAUGUCGGUGUCGAACGACGAGGAGGUCAAGACUACGAGUUGGAAGAAGGUUCUAUGGGUGAGAUUGCUGCCCGACUUCUCGGUGAGUGA